AUCACUGGAUGUAGUCAGUUGUGGAAGGGCACAGAGGGGAAGCGCUUUCCUCCUCCGCCAAAGCGUCCAAGGGCGCAACCCGCUUUCUCUUUCCAGCCCAUUUCGUCCGUCUGCGUUAGGAGGAAAGGUGGGGAUAGGCGGAGGCUCGGGGAAAGGGGCACCGGGCUGGCAAAUCUUCGCCUGGCAAGCUGCCCUAAAGGAGGAAAGGCAGGGAAUGGACGGAGCUGCAUUGCGGCUGGGAAAAGGGAAACGACUCUGGAAGAGGGAGAAGCGGGAGCGUGUUUGGAGAGCUCCAGGAUCCCGCAGACGAGCAGAGAGAUCAGCUUCAAGCAGUCCAAAGAGAGAUGUGAGCGUGCAUGUGAUAUCAUUACAAAGCAACAGAUGUGAUAUUUGUCUAACCCAAGGUCUCCACUGCUGUCAUGUGAAAAGAGGAGAAUUAUAAUGCUGGUGUAAAUGACUGCUGCUGCCUCCCAGACCAAGAUAACCUGCGCCGUCAGCUGGAGCCCCCUGUGGACAGCUGUCUCUCUCGCUCUCAGCUGAUGGAAACUGCUACUAACCGCUGAAUGGGGGAGAGUGAAACCACAGUACCAGCAACCACAGCAGCAAAGGCACCGGCUGCAAUAGAAGCAGCAGCGGCAGCAAGAAGCAAGGGAUCUAUUGUUCCCUGGUGUUAAACACCCCCCCCCCCAUCUUUUCAACUGACAUGCACAAUAGCUGGGAAGCCCUUUCCACUAAGUCCUCCCUGUGAAGAAAUUCUGACGGGGAAGAGAAAUUAUUCAUACAGGGGUUAGCCAUUGUGCGACAGAUAUUUUUUUUGGACAUUGGAAGCUGGCUUCUGGAAGGCAUGGGGCUGAGCGAGAGGAGCGCAACCUCAUGCGGUGGUCCGGGGACUUCUGCUCUUUCAAGCAGGUGUAGUGGAGUUCUUGUGCUUCUCUUCUUUGGAAUCUGGGGAGCAAGGACACAAAGUGAAUUUGAAACUUCGUCUGUGUAUUUGUGGAAGACUGGUCCGUGGGGCCGAUGUACAGGAGAUAAAUGUGGCCCAGGGGGGACCCAAAGUCGAGCCAUCUGGUGUGCCCAUGUGGAAGGAUGGACCACACUACUCACAAACUGCAAGCAGGCAGAGAGGCCCGACAACCAGCAGAGUUGCUUCACCAUAUGCGACUGGCACAAGGAACUGUAUGACUGGCAGUUGGGCAACUGGAAUCAGUGCCAGCCAGUUCUUUUGAGGAACUUAGAAAAGCCAACGGAAUGCAUCAGAGGAGAAGAAGGAAUACAGAGGAGGGAUGUGACUUGUGUCCAAAAAUCAAAUGGUGUUACAGCUGAUGAUAAAAUAUGUGAGUACUUUGAGCCAAAGCCUCAGUUGGAACAGGGAUGCCUAAUUCCUUGCCGGCAGGACUGCACCGUAUCCGAGUUUUCUGCCUGGUCAGAGUGUUCCAAGACCUGCGACAAAGGACUGGCAUAUCGUUUUCGCCACAUUGUGGCCCCACCGCAAUAUGGGGGCUCAGCCUGUCCUAACCUGACAGAUUUUCAGGUUUGUAGCUCCUCCCCAUGCACUACUGAAGAAAGCCUAUAUAGCCUGAAUGUGGGGCCAUGGAGUACCUGUUCAGUGCCCCACUCACGGCAUGUAAGGCAAGCCAGGAAACGUGGGAAGAACAAAGAUAAAGACAAGGAGAAGGACAAAGACAAGGAGAAAGAGAAGGAGAAGGUGAAAGAGAAAGCAAUCAGGGAUCCAGAGGCCCGUGAGCUUAUUAAAAAGAAGAGGAAUCGUAACAGACAGAACAGACAGGAGAACAAAUAUUGGGACAUACAAAUUGGAUACCAGACGAGACAGGUGAUGUGCACUCAUAGAAAUGGAAAGACUGUUGCCUUGAGUUUUUGUGAACAAGACAAGCUGCCAAUUACCUUCCAGUCUUGUGUGAUGCCUAAGGAAUGCCAGAUCUCAGAGUGGUCUGAAUGGAGCCCGUGUUCCAAAACAUGUUUUGAUAUGACAUCUCCGAAAGGGGUUCGUACAAGAACACGGGCCAUUAAACAGUUUCCUAUUGGGAGUGACAGUGACUGUCCAGAACUCGAAGAAACAGAGCAGUGUGUAUCUCAAGGAGAUGGGGUAGCUCCAUGUAUCACGUAUGGCUGGAGAACUACAGAGUGGACAGAAUGCCGCAUUGACCCUUUACUUAGUCAACAGGAUAAACGACGAGGGAAUCAAACUGCUCUUUGUGGAGGUGGAAUUCAGACCCGGGAAGUAUAUUGUGUGCAGGCUAAUGAAAACCUCCUCUCCUACUUAAAUACUCUCAAAGAAAAGGAAGAAAGUCAGUCACAGAGCACAUCGAAGGCUAGUGCUGCUCCACUCCUGUCCAUCACUUUUGAAAUAACAGCAUCCAAACCUGUGGAUUGGAAAUUAUGCACAGGUCCUACUCCAAGUACAACCCAGUUGUGUCAUAUCCCAUGUCCCAUAGAAUGUGAGGUAUCAGCCUGGUCAGCUUGGGGACCAUGCACCUUUGAAAACUGUGAUGACCAACAAGCCAAAAAAGGUUUUAAACUGAGAAAACGCCGCAUCACCAAUGAACCUACUGGAGGCACCGGCAACUGCCCCCAUUUACUUGAAGCAAUUCCAUGUGAAGAACCUUCUUGCUAUGACUGGAGGAUAGUAAAAUUGGAAGAUUGCAUUCCAGACAAUGAAAAGGAGUGUGGGCCAGGGACUCAGAUUCCUCAGGUGGUCUGUAUCAACAGUGAUGGAGAAGAGGUUGAUCGACAGCUGUGCAGAGAUGCUAUCUAUCCAGUCCCCAUCGUUUGUGAAGUUCCAUGCCCAAAGGACUGUGUACUCAGCGCAUGGUCUGGAUGGUCCUCCUGCUCUCACACCUGCUCAGGGAAAACCACAGAAGGGAAACAGAUGCGCGCCCGCUCCAUCUUGGCAUAUCCAGGUGAAGGUGGACUUCAGUGCCCAAAUAGCAGUUCACUACAGGAAACACGCAACUGCAAUGAACAUCCUUGCACAGUGUAUUACUGGCAGACAGGAGCUUGGGGCCAGUGUAUAGAAGAUGUCUCUGUAUCAUCAUUCAACUCUUCUGCUGGCUGGAAUGGGGAGUCCACCUGUGCCGUUGGGAUGCAGACAAGGAAAGUCAUCUGUGUCCGAGUCAACGUGGGACAAGUAGGACCAAAAAAGUGUCCUGAAAGCCUUCGACCUGAGACUGUUAGACCUUGCUUGCUGCCCUGCAGGAAAGAUUGCAUUGUAACACCAUUCAGUGACUGGACACCAUGUCCUUCCUCCUGUCAAGAAGGGAGCACUUCAAUUACAAAACAGUCUAGAAAUCGUGUUAUAUUACAAUUUCCUGCAAAUAGUGGUCGUGACUGCCCUGAUACUUUGUAUGAAGAAAAGGAUUGUGACUCUCCUCCUGUCUGCUUGUUUUACAGAUGGAAGACACACAAAUGGCGCAGGUGUCAACUUGUACCAUGGUAUGUUCGUCAAGACAGUCCAGGUGCUCAGGAAACAUGUGGUCCUGGUCUUCAAGCAAGAGCUAUUACUUGUCGAAAACAAGAUGGUGGCCCAGCUGAUAUUGGUGAAUGCCUUAAGUACGCAGGCUCCUUACCUCCUUUAACACAGCAAUGUCAAAUCCCUUGCCAGGAUGACUGUCAGUUCACAAGCUGGUCAAAGUUCUCUUCUUGCAAUGGAGACUGUGGAGCAGUCAGGACAAGAAAGCGCUUUCUUAUUGGAAAAAGUAAGAAGCGGGAGAAAUGCAAAAAUCCACAGCAAUAUCCAUUGAUUGAGACUCAGUUCUGCCCAUGUGACAAGUAUAAUGCUCAACCGGUGGGGAACUGGUCAGACUGCAUUUUACCAGAGGGCAAAGUGGAUGUCCUACUGGGAAUGAAAGUACAAGGAGACAUCAAAGAGUGUGGGCAAGGCUACCGUUACCAAGCCAUGGCAUGCUAUGAUCAAAACGGCAGACUCGUUGAAACAGCCCGAUGCAACAGUCAUGGAUACAUUGAAGAGGCCUGCAUCAUUCCUUGCCCCUCAGACUGCAAGCUGAGUGAAUGGUCCAACUGGUCUCGCUGCAGCAAGUCAUGUGGCAGUGGUGUUAAAGUCAGAUCUAAAUGGCUACGGGAGAAACCCUACAAUGGUGGAAGGCCCUGCCCAAAGCUGGAUCAUGUCAAUCAGGUAUAUGAGGUGGUCCCAUGCCACAGUGACUGCAGUCAGUACAUAGGGGUUCCUGAACCCUGGAGUGUGUGCAAAGUGACUAAUGUGGACUCAAAGGAGAAUUGUGGCGAAGGUGUAGAAACCAGAAAAGUGAGAUGUAUGCAAAACACUAUGGAUGGUCCUUCAGACAUUGUUGAAGACUAUCUUUGUGACCAAGAAGAGAUGCCUAUCGGUGCUAGAAAAUGCACAUUGCCUUGUCCAGAGGAUUGCGUAAUGUCAGAAUGGGGCCAGUGGUCUAAGUGCUCAUUGCCAUGUAAUGGAAGCAAUGUGAGGGAACGGAGAGCAGAAGUUAUGAGGCAAGCUCAAGAAGGAAAGGCCUGCCCUCCAGCUGUGGAGACAGAACCCUGCAGCCUGAACAAAAACUGUUACCACUAUGAAUACAAUGUGACAGACUGGAGUACGUGCCAGCUCAGUGAGAAAGCUGUCUGUGGUAAUGGGAUCAAAACAAGAAUGCUUGAUUGUGUUCGCAGUGAUGGCAAGUCAGUUGACCUGAAGUACUGUGAAGAGCUUGGCUUGGAAAAGACAUGGCACAUGAACACAUCCUGCACAGUGGAAUGCCCUGUGAACUGUCAGCUUUCUGACUGGUCUCCAUGGUCGGAAUGCUCUCAGCCUUGUGGCCUUGCCGGAAAGAUGAUACGAAGAAGAACUGUUAUCCAGCCCUUCCAAGGUGAUGGGAGACCAUGUCCUUCACAAAUGGAACAAUUCAAGCCCUGCCCAGUAAAACCUUGCUACCGAUGGCAGUACAGUCAGUGGGCUGAAUGCAAAGUUGAGGAUGCUCAGUGUGGUGAAGGGACAAGAAUCAGAAAUAUUUCCUGUGUGGUCUAUGAUGGAUCCAGUGAUGACAUUGGCAAAAUAGUGGACGAAGAAUUUUGUGGGGAAAUAGAACCAGUUGUGGAUGGAAAUAAGAAAAUUGUACUUGAAGAAACCUGCACCCUACCUUGUCCUGGUGACUGUUACUUAAAGGAGUGGUCAGACUGGAGCCUUUGUCAAUUGACCUGCAUUAAUGGUGAAGAUCUUGGUUUUGGAGGAACACAGGUUCGAUCACGAGCAGUUAUUAUUCAAGAUCUGGAAAAUCAGCACCUGUGCCCAGAGCAGGUUUUGGAAACAAGACCAUGUAAUGAUGGUCAAUGCUAUGAGUACAAGUGGAUGGCCAGCGCAUGGAAGGGAUCUUCUCGGGUAGUGUGGUGCCAAAGGUCAGAUGGUUUGAAUGUUACAGGAGGCUGCUUAAUGCUACACCAACCAGAGAUUGAUAGAUCAUGUAAGCCAUCCUGCAGUCAACCCCAUUCUUACUGUAGUGAGACUAGGACUUGUGCUUGUGAUGAAGGGUACACAGAAGUGAUGUCCUCUAAUGGCACACUUGAGCAAUGCACUCUGAUCCCGGUGGUAGCCAUCCCCACAGUGGAGGACAAAAAGGGGGAUGUAAAAACCAGCCGAGCUGUGAAUCCCACACAGCCAUCCAGUACCCAAUCAGGACGAGGAAGAGCUUGGUUCCUGCAGCCUUUUGGACCAGAUGGGACGCUGAAGACAUGGGUUUAUGGUGUAGCUGCUGGUGCAUUUGUUUUGCUCAUCUUUGUUAUUUCUAUGAUCUAUCUCGCUUGCAAAAAGCCAAAGAAGCCUCAAAGAAGACAGAACAACCGUCUGAAACCUUUAACUCUGGCUUACGAUGGAGAUGCAGACAUGUAAAAUAAUGACUUUCCAUUGACUUUAGUCUGUUGAAACUGUAAGAGUUCAAAAAGAGCAUGUACGCAGUGUACAUCACAGAGCAGGACAAAAAUAAUAACUUGACAAUAGCCAUGGAUACUCCAAGAAACUUGUUUGGUUCCAUCUCUAUCAGGACAGCAAAUUCUGGUGACAAAUUUCUGUUGUUAAGCACAGCAGCUGGAACUGUUAAUGUGGCCUUUUUUGUUUGUUUGUUUGGAAAAGGAUAAACUGUCAAGCCACUUGUAUCUCCAGCCAAUUGUAUAUGACUUAUAUUGACAUCUGGAAGUCUGAAUGCCACAGCUCUAGGCAGCAUUAACCUAAUGUACUCAGUAAGCAUGAAGAGAUCAUACCAAGAUGUCUGUAAUGCUUUAUAGACAACUUAUAUACUCAGUCGCACCAUAUGUAUUAACCUGUUAAAUGACUUACUGGCUAAACAGCAAUCUAGUGCUUAGUAACCUGUUGACUUUAACUGAGACAAAGAACCCACUGAGCAAGUUUGGCAUUUUGGCAAUGGAAGGUGGUUUAUUUUUUCUUUGACCUGCCUUCCACAAAAGUGAAGACUUGCAAAAGAUUUAUUACCCAACUGCAGAUACUAAAGCGCCAUACACACACUUAUUAAGAAAGAAAGCAUUUCAGGUUCACUAUUUUAUAGAAGUUGUCUGGAAAAUUAAUAUCUGUGUGUAAUACGUUUUUACUUUCUCUGACUCUCCAACGGUUGCCUGCAACUUUUUUUCUACACAUAAGGCAAUUUUUUGCACUAUAUUAGUGCAGCAUGAUAUGCACUUAUUAAGUAGUAUUGCCAUAGAAACUGCCUCUUUUCAAUAAGGAUGAUGGUGAAGGUGCUGCGUCUUUUCAAACAGCAUCAAAUAGACAAUUUACCAGUAGGUUCUUGAGUCCUCCUGAGAGUAGAGAACAGUUUCUGGACUGUGACUGGAUCAGACCAGCGAAUACAAGUACUGUUUAUACUAUUUCUUGUAACAGCAACUGUUUUGUAGUUGAAACCAUGGCAGUAAAUGUAAGUGUCUACUUUUUUGAUUCUGUCCAACUUAUACAGAUAAUAGAUUUUCACAUUGAUUUCUAAUUACUUUGAAGGUUGUUUAUGACUAGAUUUUUAUAUUGCUAACUUUGUAAAAAAAGAAAAGAAAAAAGUGUGGUUGCCCUCUAAUCUUGAGGAAGAUAUUUGUCUAAACAAUGUUUCCGUUUAUGUUCAGCAGAAAUGAUGCAAAUUGAUUACUUAUUUUUCUCCUGCUAAUGGAAACUGUUUUGUUGCUGAAGACUUAGUAGCGUCUUCUCUUUCCACUUGGGAUAACGUGGUGUAUUCUUGACUUUUGUUUUCUUCAUCCAGACUCAUCACUUAAUACAGCCUAUAUGAAGAUACAAAAAUGGUUCCAGCUUCCUUAAUGUAAGCAGGGGGAUUAUAAUGCACUCUAGAACAGAUUCAUCUAGAAUGGCUACCCUAUUGAUAUCCAGGGAACUGAACUGAAUUUCUUUCGAUGGGGCAUCACCUCUCCAAUCCAGUACCAUUCCAUGAGUGCAUAGUGAGCUCUGCCUGAUGUGCAACUUUAAAAAAAAAUACUCCUUGCAAUAUAACCACUUUCAGCUGCUUCAUUUCUUCCACAAAUCUCUUCAGUUUUUUAGUGUAUCACUUACUAUCAUAAAGCUUAUUUUGCUGCUAGUAAUCCACAGCCUAUCUAAAAUAUGAGGUCAUUCUUUCAAGAUGGCAUCUGUGCCUGUCUUGAUCUAAACAUAUUGAAUAAGCAAUAUAAUUAAUUAACCUUAAUUAGGCAUCUGUUAAACAACAAUUUCUUGGUUCCGUUUUCUCAGGUCUCUGUCAAUAAGCUACACUGUUCCUAAUGGGGUCAUUAUACAAUUAUCAUAAAAGCCAGUGUUCCCAGGUGUUUCAAGCCAAUUUAAAUGGAGGAAAUAUGUUUUCAGAACAAUUCAUAAUAGUCCUGAGUAUGAGUGAAAUGUGGUACACAGGUCCUCUCAAAAACCCAUUGGGCUCACAUCCUCCAUAUGUAUUCAUUUUGUUGCUCAUUUCCACUCAUUCACUCCAGUAGGUUCCAAUGGGGAGGAGAUUACAGUUAUACCAAUUCCAAUGUUGCAUAGACAGGGAAAUCCUGGGGCUGCUCCUGUAGACAAAGGAGUUUUGGAUCUCAGGCCAUUUCUCUCUCCCAGAAUUCCACAUUUCAGGUCUACUAGUAGGAACACCACUAUUGGUAUAUUUAUAGUUUCAGAGUUUUCUCUGGUUAGUCUCCAACUUCUUGAACAGAUAUGCUGGCCUAUGCUAGUGGAGGGCCACCUUCUUCUCAUCCUAACCUGAACCAGUCUGAAUAAAUAUGGAACUAAGAAAUGCUUUGCCUAUUCUUCACCUCAAGUAAAGUCAUAAUAGACUCACCAUACACUUAAUCAUCUUCAUCUACACAAUAGCCUUCUAAUCCCAUACUGAUUUUGUUUAAAAUAAAGAUUUAUCAUCAUUUAUGGAGUGUAGCUACAAUGAGCCAUACCAAAAUAGCAGAAGAAAUGUAGGGAUAGAAAAGGAUUUUGCUGGAUUUGAUAGCAGCCAAUUUGCAUCACCUAAGACUUUGCCUCAAAAAUCCACACAUUUGCAUAUCUUGCAGGGCAUUUUGUAUUUGUAAUGUGUGCAUUUUGAAGUGUGAAUGGCUAAAAAUGCAUACCACUAGAAAUAUAGAGCCAACCUCCCACCCCAAGUGUGGAAAGUGCAUACAUUAGGCUAAAUAAAGGAACACGUUGGGGGAAAUGUGUAAAAUCAACCACAUACAAUUUUCAAACAAAAUUUUGCAAUCUAAUAAGCAUAAGGCAAUGCAGAUGGGACUCAAUGAUGUAAAACAAAACAUUGUUACUUCUCAACUGCUUUGAGCAACAAUUCUUUGGAAAGAUGUAUAGUAAGUUUUUAAAUAAACAUGAAACACAACUAAUUUAUUCACAAUAAAGUUGAAAACUGAAUAGAUAGUAUAGGAGUAGGAAAACAUUUUAACCUUCGGAUAUUUUGGAUGGGGUGUUUUCAAUUGCUGGAAUUCUAGCUAGCUUGGCCAGUUGUAUGAGAUUACUGGAGUUGAUGAAAACAUCUAAGGAGGCAGGAAAUUCCCCUUUCCUGUGUUCCUGAAAUGUUUAGUUGGGCCUUAGUACCCUAAUAAUGCAGCUGUAUUCAUGUUUAAUUGGCAGCAAGUCAUUCUAUGUGCAGCAAGGCUUACUUCCACGUGAUGUUGCAAAAACCAGAUAUGCACACCCUGAAUUUACAGGAAUGAUUGUUAAAGAAUGGGGUGAAUGGAGGUUUACAGUCUGAAAAACUUUCUUUCACUGUAAAGAGAGAAACGCAUUUUCAAAGGUCAUCAGGUCAGUAGGAAGGCUACAAAUACAGUCUCGAUGGUGCUUAGAGAUCAGACAGUAGCAUUGAAGCAGUAAUGUAUAAAAAUAAGUUGCUUUUGAAAUGUGUUUUUUUACAAAUCCAGUGCCUAAAGCAGCCACUGCAGUAGAUUAUAAUCUACUAAUAAUAAUUAGUUGGGGGAAAAUAACAUUUUCAGUGAUCAGCAUGAUUCCAUUCCAAAUCUUGCUGAGGACAUUUUCUUCUUGUUGCUGCCAUGUGUAAUUUCUUUUUUGAAAAUAUGUGUUUCUAAGAUUGCAACAUGUCUUUUGAGUCCUGAAACCAUGUCUACUCAACAUUUCCAGAUUCUGCAGAAGCAAGAUAAUAUUUGUUAUAGUCACCUAUCCUGUUACAGAAUUGUCAGCAUUUCUCCCAUCCUGUAUUUACCACUAAAAAUGAUUAAUUUAAUAUAAAGUUUGUAGAAUAUCACUGUAAAAUCAAGAAAUCCACGGAAAGACAUAGGUUUGUCUUUUGAACCUUUGUAAAUUUUGGUCACCCAAAGUUUUCUUUAAAAAAUAUUUUGCCUAACGUGCAGUGCAAUUCUACAUAUAUCUACUUAAAAGUAAACUCUAUUGAAUCUAAUGGGACUUACUCUCAAGUAAGUGUGUAUAGGUUUGCAACCUCAAUUUACUUGAAUCUUAUUUUAUCUUAUUUUAUUUGUAGAUUAAGAAGGUGGCUGUCUGGGGAAUGUUUACCUUUUUUGUUAAUUUGUAAAUGUUGUAAUGCUUUUUUAUUUUUUAAAUUAUGUAUAUUUCGUUUUUUAAAAAAAUGCACAAAAAUGUUUUACGUACAACUACUGCAACUUUGUGUAUAUUGUCACCAAGCUUUAUUCAGUUAAUGUGUGUCACAUAUGAAAAUGUAAACAUUCUUACCUUUUCAUAUGUGAUAUUUGUACAUAACUGAGGUAAUGCAGACAAUAAAUAUUAACACAAAA